AUGACAGUAACCACGACAACAGAACCAUUUGAUCCGGGAUCCAGAAUGUAUGAGGCAGAAUCUUUGAAACUCGAUCAGUUCGAACACAAUGUUCCUGAAGUAUUACGUCAUUUUCAAGGAAGGCAAGCAUUUUUGAAAAUCUUAAGAUUCGAUAUUCCAGACUUGAUUAAAUUUGUGAAUGAGUGGAAAUCAGGAGAAGGAUUCCAGAAGCUGGAGUACCUGAAAAUCGAGGUACUCACGGAUUACAUUCCCCCGACGCAAGUUCUUCGUGGAGUUAUGGAAAAACGUAUUGAUCGAAGCAAGAAAAGGCUGGCGCACACUUUGCCCAAAGUAUUCAUCGAUGAUAAGGAAAAACCAAACACGGAACCAAUCAUAAGCCCCACCUAUGUCGUUAGAGAAUCAGACAAUCGUGUAGCAUCCAUUCUGAUUCAAAACAGUACGUUCAGUUUUGGAGUAUGGGAUGUGACAGAGGAAGAGACAUUUUUGAAAUUUUAA